GGUUGGAAGGGAAAUAGCGCCCGGCAGGGAAUUGGAAAAGCUGGCGGUAAGUUUGAAGUGAGCGCUGGAAAACCGUUACUUGUCCCCGGAGGAAAAUCACGUUUGAUAGUUCAUAAAUCGGUGGUGGUUAGUGAACGAAAGGGGAUUAUAAACUCUCUCCCCAUUAAUUUGUGAUAUGUUCUACAACGGAUACACAAUCAAGUGAAGAAGGACUUUUACCCUUAUAUAUGUCGUAGUGACGCAGCGUGGUUCAUUCACAAUGUCUGCAAACAUGAUCGUCAUGCAAAAGCAAGUGAAGAUCGAGGUUCAGAGCCCAGUGAAGCCCGAAAUUCUGAAGCCCUCGAACGCCGCCAACCUUCAGAACAUCACCAACAAGCUCAACCAGGUGUCGACGGGCAGGUCGGGCAUCACCAAACUAACCCACGCAAGCAAGACCGUGUUGGGAAGGGUGAACGUCAGACUGCAGUCCGUCGCCCCGAGAUCGACGCCCACCAAAUCGUCCUCGCCUUCGUCGCCACAAGCCACCAGGUCGCCCUUCAAGAUCCUCACGCCCAUCAGACCCUCCACGGCCCUCAGAGUGUCCUCGGCCGCCCCCGCCUCCCCCUCCCCCGCCACUCGAUCCCCAACGACCACUUCAUCCUCUUUGGUCAAAACACCCACUUCUGUGACCUCCACCACUUCCUCUUCCUCUUCUACUUCGUCGUCGCCGGGGAAAUGCAGAAGAAGAAUCAGUUACAGCGAAAGCGCCCCGCCUGCGUCCACGAAAAGAAACGCCAGAGAGAGAAAUAGAGUCAAACAGGUGUCCCAAGGAUUCGCCAUCCUGCGCCAGCACGUCCCCCAAGCAGCCCGCAAGAAGAAACUCAGCAAAGUGGAGACCCUUCGCUGCGCCGUGGAAUACAUCCGGGGUCUCCAGCUGCUCCUGGACGACCACCCUCUCCCGGCGCAGCCAGACACGGCCACCAGCUCCGCGGCGGCCGUCCACGCUCACCACCAGCAGCUGCAUCACCAGGUGUUCCUGCAGCCUCACCACCACCACCAUGCCUUAGAGCCGCAUAUCCUGAAGCUGCCGCUUGCGGAUGAGACCUUCCAGUCUCCCAGCAUGAUGAGGUACGACGGCGCAGGAGGCGCCUUCUUGCGGGCUUCCCCGUCCGAGUCCGAGGGCAGUUCCCCGCACAGCCACUCCUUCUUCUCCGACAAAUUCUCUCCGCCCACGUCGUCGCCGCUGCCCUUGGGCGUGGUUCCUGCAGUCGUCAAGACGGAGAGCGUGGAAGGGCGGUGCUACGGGCGUGAGGAGCAGGACCUCUUAGAAGCCCUGGCAUGGUGGCAGCACAACGUAUAGUGUUCCAUGGUGCGGGGGCGUUCCUACAAGGCGUUAAUCAGAUCGCAGAAUGGCUGCGAUUCGUGCGUGUUAGUCAGUUUCAAUUUUGUACAUAGAGGUUAUUUAUACAUCAGUAUGAGGGUAUGUUCGUUGUCGUAUGAAAGUGAGGUGGAAUUUGUACUCUAUGAUGCUGAAAGUUUAUUUCAAAAGCUUCCUGCCCCCUUUUUUGUUCAUUUUACAGGGAAAAAAGAACUGAUUUCAAAAGUUGCAGGUGAUCUCGAAUGUAUAGCUACAUAAGCAAGUAAGGCUGUGUUCCUGUGUACUUGUGUCUACAUAGAGACAUCGGGUGUGCGUGAAGGAUUGGGUCCGGAGAGCACGAGGAAUGUCACUGUAGGUUUCCAAAGACCCAAAAAUGCGAAUCUCUGAACUGAUACAAAUUUGCAUAAUUAAGAAAGGGCGUGGAACAUCGGAAGCCGGAGGGAGGUGGGGGGGGGGCGGGGCUAGUCAACGGUUUGGCUUCGUUGAUUCAUUGUUGAAAAAGUUGUUGCAAUUGCAUAACAACUGGAAUAGAAAGACUAUCAUUUCUUGCCCACUCUAAUCGUGUUUACAAAUGGGCGCAUACUGUGAACCGGAAUAUCUAUGGGUUCUCGUGAAUAUCCAUAUACCGCGCACAAUUGUAAAACUUACGUCCUGUAUCUGUAUGACUGCACGUGUACACUAAUGGAUGUAUGUAUGUGUGCAUGUUUGUAUGAAGGUGUGCGUUGGAUUAGCCAAGCAUAUUACUUGAUCCAGAACCGCCAACAGGACCUCCACGAAGGACACGACGCCAUCACCAGGGUUUUCUUCGUCUCGCGAGAACCCGACGGGGCUCUCCGGGUCGGGCGUGUCCUCAGGCAGCUAUCUAUUCUAGUCGACGUUGUUCAAGCGUAUAGUCGAUUGCGUAAAUGUCGUUUCACUCAGUUGAAGAACUAUAACCUUUUGAUGU